AUGCGGAUCGCUUUGGUGUUGUGCUGUUUUGCACUCGUUUGCAAAUCCAUCAAGGAAGUCCGCACUCCGCUUGUCCUUCGUUGGGGUUUCGGAACGCCGAUCGUCGAAGAACUCUACAAGAAACACAUGCUGACGGCGAAGAAGACGGCCGGUCUCGAGCCACGGCUGCAACUUGGUACCAACUUCUACCGGCAUGUAUGCCCCCACCAAAUUCCCCGUGACAAUGCUCUACCGACGAUAGUGCUCGAUUCGCUGAAUUACGAGGCGGAUCUGGGCUUCAACAAGCUGGUCGGCGAAAACGCCGUCUUCGACUACCUGCGCGAUGCGUCGACGGAUUUGGAUUGGCGCGAGGAGAGCGACAUCGUCACCGCCCAACUGAUGCAAGCCCUCGGACUGUGGACCGCCAAAUUUAACGGGGCCGGCCUGCAGUUUUCGGGUUAUCGCGACAUCUUCGACAAGUACCUGGCCGAGUUGCGAGUGAUGGAUUAUGCGAAGGACACGCUCUUGAAGAUGGAUGCCAACGAUCCGGGCUGGAUCGAUAAGAUUGCACCCGCCGAUUACUGGAAUGGCGCCGAAGCUGAGCAACUCAUCGAGCAGGCCAAGCAGAUGGCCAUCGCCAUCGCCAAUGAGGUGCGCUUCGUGGACGAGGCACUUCGGAAGUCGUACAUCCCGCACGAGACCCUCGUCUACAUGCGGAAGGAGAUGCGGAUCAACGCGCGGCGCCGUGGAGUCGAGCACAACGGCGCUAACCCGACGCUGCUCAAGGCUAUUCGAGAAGCCUCCUUCUACCGUCCCAGCUACAACAGGCCGACCCUCGACAGGGCCAAUGGGGAUCUGGACGACCUGUACCCCGAGUAUGUCUCGCUGGCCGCGCAUGACGGCGGCCAGAGCCAGAGGCCGAAAUAUCUGAUAGAUCCACUCGUCGGUAUCCAGCUGGCGCACCGCAUCUUCGAGUACUUGCGCUUCCCGAUCCCGGCGGCGAAUCAGUCGUGCCUGGCCGCCCAUAUCCGCAAGAUUUGCGACGUGAUGGGGGAGACGAACUGUACCUAUGGCCCGGAAGACCGCGUCGUCCGCGCCUUCUUCAACCAGUAUUCGGCCGUUCGCCUCGCCUACCACAUGUUUUUGAAGGGCACCGGUGUAAAGGGGAAUGACGUGGAAUAUUUCUUCUACACGUACGGGAUGAGCGAGUGCCAGCCGGUCAAUUCGGGGAUGGCUGACAGCCCAAUGUUCCCGUUGUCGAGGGCUCUGCGCGUCAACGGUAUCCUGUCACUAUCCAAAAGUUUCGCCAAGUUCUUCGUCCCGCCCUCCAUGAAGGGCACCAUGAUGUUGCAGUGGGAGAAUGCGGCCUGCGACGCGUUCGACGAUAACCGC